AUGCUGGCGGCGCGGGGGGCUGUUGCGGGGGAGGGCGACACCGUCCUCCUCCUCCGCGGCCACCUCAACCUCACGCCGCUCGUGCUUCGGCGCGGGGCGCUGCUUCACUGCAAGGAAGGGAAGUUCCGCCACGACGACAUCAUCGGCCGGCCGCUUGGCACGCGGGUCGUGGGGCAGAGCAACAUCAAGGACGACACCGCCAGGCCGCCCAGCCUGCUUGUCCUGCAAAAUAGCGCGGACCUGUGGACGCAGGCGGUACCGCACCGCACGCAGAUCAUCUACGACACGGACAUUGCCGUUAUUAUCUUUAACCUGCGGCUGGGCCCGGGCUGCCGCGUUGCCGAGGCGGGCACCGGGAGCGGCUCGCUGACGCACUCCUUCGCCAAAACCGUCGCCCCGCACGGCACCGUCUACACCUUUGACUUCCACAAGGGCCGUUGCCUGGAGGCACGGCAGGAGUUUCGCCGCAACGGCCUGCCGGCCUCCCUCGUGACGUGCAACUGGCGUGACGUCUGCAGCACCUCGUGCGAGAGCGGUGUUGUUGCCGGCGUGGAGGAUGAGGAGAUUGGCGCGGCCGUCGAUCCCAAGCGCGGCUUUGGCCUCCCUCGACACCACGUGGACGCCGUCUUUUUGGAUGUUCCGGCGCCGUGGCUCGCGAUCGAGAACGUGCUGCAGGUGCUGCGACCAGGUGGCAUGCUCUGCACCUUCUCCCCCUGCAUCGAGCAGUCGCAGCGCACGGCGCAGCGGCUGCGGGAGGAGCCGUUUGAGUUUCUUGACAUCCGCACCGUGGAGGCGCUGACAAAGUACUUCAAGCCCUCCUUCAAGCGCGGCCGCGAGGAGGAUGGACGGCCGUCCCGCCCCAAGUUGCGCCCCGCGCUGGUGUCCAAGGGCCACAGCGCCUAUCUCACUUUUGCGCGGCGGCGCCUCGAGCGUCUCCCCGGGCUCGACGCCGAGGACGAAGAGAGAAACGACGGCAGCCCCCCAAGCGGCGAGGAGGAAAACACAGCGAGCUGA